AUGUGCAACAAUACUUAUCAAAAUCUUCAGAAGGAAGGUAUUAAGGCGAGAAGCAAGAAUAGAAGUAAGAAGCUUAGAAUCUACGUGAAGAAGAGAGAGAGGAUACCCUCUUUUGCAAAUAGGUCCAAUGUUUUGAGUCAUCAGUAUCAACUAAACAGCAAAAAACAUCACCAGUAUCAGCCCAUUGAUCAUCCUGAAAAGCAUCACCACAGCAGCCAAAGAAAAUAUUAUUACCAACUGAACAGUAAGAGACACCAUCAUUAUCAACCAGAUCCAAAAAUGUAUGAUGCACAACCUUUGGGCAAAGAUUUAGAGCUUUGUGAUCAAAACAAUAAAAAUAAGGAAUCGUCAUUGCAUUAUAGCCAGUAUGUAGAUUUUGGAGUUUGUUUUAACAAUAAUUAUGGAAAUGCCUUAAAUGGUGUAGGUGGAAGUUCAUCUGUUAACACCUCCAGCCCAGCUGAGCAGAUGCCAGUAAAUGGAUUUGGGGUUAAAUCAUCUGUGGAAGAUUGUGUUGCUGUUGAUUCUGGAAACAGAUUGGAACCUUGUAAUGGAGAAAGAACUUGUAAAGUCUUAAAAGAAAAACAGGAACAUUGGAAGAAGAGAGUGGAGUCCAAAAUAAGAGCAGCAAAUGAUUAUGGAAACAAAAUCACAUUUCCCAUUGUUGGUCUUGUCAGUGAUAAACCGCUCACCACUGAAAAAGAUAUCCCAAGUUCGAAUGAAUGCAAAUUUGCUGUAAAUGGGUAUUCAAAAGAAAGGGUAUAUACAAAUUCUGGAAAGCGCUGCUUAUCAGAGAUAUCUGAACUUAACAGAUCUUGCAAAAAAAUACUCACUUCUCAAAGUGUCAGUGCUUCUGAUAGCCUGAAGAACCAGUGUUUGCAGAACUUUCCUUUGAGUCCACAACAGCCAGACAUAAUUCAUAUUGACUCCGAUUUGGAUGAACCCAUAGACCUUCGCUGUGUAAAAUCCAGGUGUGACAGUGAUCAAGGCUUAGGGAACAAUGUGGUGCAAGUGACACCCAAGGAGUUACAACCCACUGAAAAACACGAGGAACCACAAUCUUUAUUCAGACAAUUUUUUGGAAAUAUUGUUAUCACAGAUGUAACUGCUAACUGUCUUACGGUCACUUUCAAGGAGUAUAUAACAACAUGA